CAUGUACAAAACACGUUCAAACUACGUUAUCAUUUGACAUAUGUAUCAGAUAAAAUCAACUUAAAAUAGAAACAUUCGAAAUAUUUUUACGUGAAAUAUGUUUAUAAUUUAAUAGUAUCCUUAAAAGCAAAUACAACUUAUUUUUAGCAAUUGUGCACAUAUAAUUGAAUAUGGCGAUGUUACUAACGGUAGUGAACGUUGACGCAUUUUAGUUUCAAUACGUCGUUAUAUAAAUAUAAAGGAUUUUUAUUUGUCAAAAAGAUACAGAAAAAUUAUUAAUAUCAUUAGAAGAAAAUGUUACGUUUAAAUUUUAACUACUUGUUAAAACAGAAACAGAAUUUAAUAUUAUUAAGGUAUUUAAGCUCAAAAGCAAAGAGUAGUAAAUCGAAGAUUAACCCAAAUGUUGCAGGACUCAGUGAGAAAUGUUGUAAAAUUCCAAAUACACCUGUUGGACCUCGUGCUGCUAAAGAUAAAGAAUACAAAAAUCCAGAGUAUUUUUGUUAUCAUAUAAACACUUUCGGAGAAGCAGAAGUGGAAUUAGCAAAGUAUAGAUUACCAGCUCCUUCUAAUAGAAUACCUUUCAAUAAAUAGUUUUUAUGAUCACGUUUGUCUUCGUAGAAAAUUUUGUAGCAACUAACAAAGUAUAGUAAAUAAAUAAUAUUUAAAAAGGAA